ACAAACUAACGACGGUGGGGCUGUUUCGUCGCGUUGCACUCCAACAAAGAUAUUUAUUUCCCCUCUUUUAGCAAGUUUGCAGUCAACUUUAUACAGAUAAACGCAAACAAAGAGGAAAUGUCUUGCAAGUGGAACGGCCACGGUUUACCAUUUUUCCCGGGAUAUACAUUUCGUGAUGUGACGAAGUCAGCCUUCCAUCGGCCCCAGACUCUGGACUACAGGAACGGCUAUGCUCUGCCUCGGCGCCCCAUUGUGGGGAUUGGACAGGAUCCUCUUUUAUCAGAGCAGCUAACUCAACAGGACAUCAAUGAGCUUCACUUUGAGCCACCAGACUUUACACGAGGCCCUUUUGACCAGAUAACAUACAAAGACUUCAUUCCUGCUCAUGUGGCGCUUGAUAAGAAGGUGCUUCGCUUUUAUGCGUACUUCACAGAGGACAUCUUAUAUUGCCCGGAGGAGCAGUGUCGUGUACGCUCCGUGCUCAUUUAUUACUUCCUCGAAGAUGACAGCAUGUGCAUUAUUGAACCGGAGGUGGAAAACUCCGGGAUACCACAGGGGAAGAGGCUCAAACGCCAGCGUCUCCCAAAGAAUGAACAUGGAGAGCAUUACGAGUGGAAAGACCUCAACCUUGGUAUGGAUUUGGAUGUCUACGGGGUCAAGUACCGCAUCACACAGUGUGAUGCUUUCACAAAGGAAUUCAUGGAAAGUGAGGGCGUGGUACUGAACGAACCAGAGCAGAUGCCAGAGGACCUUUAUAUCAAACGUCGCAAAAUCAUUGCACCUCAACACGUCACCCCUUCCAGCUUUGAUAAAAUGUGCCAGUUUCUCUCCAUGGACCGAAAGGUGCUCCGUUUCUUUGCCCUUUGGGAUUUUUCUGACUGUCUGUUUGGUGACACCUUGGAUGUUAUCAUUCACUAUUACCUGGUGGAUGACACAAUAGAGAUCAGAGAGGUCCAUGAGCACAACAGCGGCCGGGAUAACUUCCCCAUACUCAUGCACAGACAGAGAGUACCCAAGAAACUCAAAUCAGAGACAUUCCCUAGCUGUGUGUUGGAGGUAGCCGCUGUGGAUGUAGCUGAGUACUACUCCCCCAAAGACUUCCGACUGGGUCAAACAAUUGAGCUACUGAGCCGUCACUUUCUGUUGUUUGACUGUGACGUUUUCACCAAAGAAUAUUACCAGACGAACUAUCCAGAUAUAGAGAUUAAACCCAUAGAGGUACAAAGGAAGGACAAUGUGCUACAGGAGAACAGGGAAAUUCCACCAUACAAUGGAUUUGGCUCUCUUGAGGACUCGCUUCAAAAUUGUUUGUCUCUAAAUCCUGACCCUCCCAAAGUCAACCUGUUGAAGAUUUUUGAGAAUGACGGCAAAGUUUUGCGCUACAUUGCCCGGCUGGAAUCCCCAAAUCCUGAAGAUGAAGGUCGGCGUUUCAUACUGUCCUACUUCCUGUCCAAUGACAUGAUCAGCAUUUUUGAAAAACCCACACGCAACUCUGGGAUCAUGAGUGGGAAGUUCCUGGAAAAGACACGUGUUCCUAAGCCAGGGUCGACUGUGGAAAAUCCUGAGUUCUACUCACCGGCAGACUUUGCUAUUGGAACCACUGUGGAGGUUUUCAGCCACCGCUUUGUGCUGACCGAUGCAGACCUCUAUGUUCUUAAAUACCUGGAGUCCAUCUCAAGCCAGAUCCCUUCCCAGACGCUGGAUUCUUUGAGAAAGAAGCUGGGGGUGGAAAAGACAAGUUGUCAGCCAGCUUCCUUCCAGUAGGUGUCACUCAUUACAAAUAAAAAAGAGAGACAAAUAUGAAAGGAUUUGCAUUUGUCUUUUUUAAGAAAAAAGGUGAAGCAAAAUCACCUUCAUAUAAAGGAAGUCCUUUGUCCUGAUUCUGUUGUUGUUAAUCCAUGGUAAGAAACAUUGUAACUAUAGAAAUUAGGGGAUUUACUCUGUGAGAUCAGGCUAUUAUGAAAUAC